GUGUGCGUGCACCAACCAGUUGAAAAAAGCAGACAAGAAGUGGAGGCAAAGAGUAAUGAACAUAACCGUCCCAACAAAGACAACAAACUUAGCCCGGACACAGCUGCCAGCCCUCUUUUUCAACUAUAUUUUCCAACAUUCCCGAGUGGUGCAGAAGUUGCGGAUUGUGAAUAUAUUGCAGAGUAGAAGAGGAUUUAAGGAGUUGUGUGUAAAGAGAAUGGCUUGGAGUGUGGAGAAAUGUAAUGGGAAUGGAGUCGAGACUACUAGAAUGGGAUUGGUUCAUCCAGCAAUGGAGGAUUAUGCCGAAGAGGCAAUUGAAGCUGUUAACGCUGGGAAAGUUAUAGCUGUGCCAACUGAUACCCUCUAUGGCUUUGCUUGUGAUGCUUGCUCCAUGGAAGCAGUUAAACAGAUAUAUGAGAUCAAAGGCCGUAAAUAUACAAGCCCUCUUGCGAUUUGCGUAGGUGAUGUUCAGGACAUACAGCGGUUUGCUGUCACGAACCAUUUGCCUCGCGGGUUGCUUAACUCUCUUCUUCCAGGACCUGUGACAGUGGUGCUAAGACGAGGGGAGUCGAGUAUUCUUGAGAAAUCCUUAAACCCUGGACUAGACAGCAUAGGGGUUCGAGUGCCCAACUGUAGCUUCAUUAGGGCAAUUGCCCGCGGUUCUGGAAGUGCACUGGCCCUUACAAGUGCAAACCUUAGUGGGCAGCCUAGCAGUGUAGAUAUUAAAGAUUUUGAGAACCUCUGGGAGCACUGUGCAUACGUGUACAAUGGAGGUGUGCUUCCAUCAGGCCGUGCAGGAUCAACAGUUGUGGAUCUUACGAAGCCAGGGAAGUACAAGAUCCUAAGACCCGGGAGUGCGAAGGAGGAUACGGUCGAAAUCCUUGAGCACCAUGCUCUAGUUGAAGACUCUAGCACAUCCUCACAAGGCACCUAAAUUCAUAUUUGUACCGGAGAAUGUUUAUCUGCUGCUAUAUUUAUCGAUAUCAUUGUUUUAUAUUUUAUGCCCUGCAUUCCGCGCCCUGUAACGUAGUUACAUGGUUAAUUGAUUACUUGGCUAAAAUGGUCCAUUCUACUGUUUUUUUAUAUCACUGCUACCUCCCCAACGGAGCAACAAGGUAAAGAAUGGCUUCAUUUCUGCAAUAGUGAUGAAGAGUAUGAAGGCUUGAAAAUGAAAUUUGCUCAUUUAAAUAGCUUAUGAUGCUAAUUGUAGAUUCAAUGAUUUCUUGUUUUCUUAAGCUUAAUUCGAACUUUUUUUCUGUUUUGACUUUGUAUUGGUAUUGGUUUUUACGAAGUUAUUCCUCGGAAUUAAACCAUAUUUGGAUUUUGUAACAGCAAUUGAUAUUAGGUGCUUAAAAACUCUAGCAUGAAUACUUAUUCAUA